UGCAAAAUAAAUACUGUAAUCAACCACGUGUGUUAACUCUUUAGGCACUGAAAAAUUAAUCACCUCCUUGAUCCUUCUUUUGUCUCUAUUUGCCAGUCGAGUCAAGAGGCACAAUGAUUUCAGUCAGCCUCACAGACAUGCAAAAGAUUGGUCUUGGGCUGGUAACGUUUGGGAUGGCCUUCCUCUUCCUGGGCGUAAUGCUGUUCUUCGACAAGGGACUGCUAGCGAUGGGAAACAUUCUGUUUCUGGGAGGAGUGGUUUUCAUUAUUGGAUUUGAGAGGACUUACAGGUUUUUCUUCCAGACUCAUAAAUUGAAGGGCUCGGCAUUUUUCUUUGGAGGCAUUCUGAUCGUACUGAUAGGGUGGCCACUUAUUGGUAUGCUUGUGGAGUGCUAUGGAGCCUUCUUAUUGUUUGGAGGGCUGCUGCCACAUGCUGUGCUGUUCCUAAGACGUGCUCCAUUAAUUGGCCAUGUGCUCAAUCUACCAGGCCUGAGAACGAUUGUUGACAAGUUAUCGGAUGACUCUCAAUCACCAGCCUAAGAUAGACAUAAUUAGGAUGCAAGAAAUAUUAUAUAGUCUUUUACAUUAUCUUUUCACUUCUCUUUGUAUAAUCAUUUAAUUAAUCCAUGAGUAUUAAAUACAAAA